AUGCUAUCUCUUCCUUUCAUGGCAAAGUUGGGCAAAUGCUUUAAUGUCGAAGACCCUAGAUCUUAUGUGGACCAGUUUAUUAAGACUUUGCAAGCCGCCUUCGAUAAGUUUUAUUAUGUGAAUCCGCGUGUUAGGGCCUUAGAUAUUGCUACUCUAAUGUACUACGAAACUGGCAAACCAGUGGCUAAGGCUCUUAGUGAGGUCGACUAUGUGCUUGGCUUUGCCUGGUGGUUUGCUGGCGAGUCCGAGAGAAUUAGAGCUGCAGCUAUUACCGCAGGCUGCUCUAUCGUGGUUAAGCCCUUACCUAAGAUGCCUUAUAGUGUUUCAGCGCUUGCUGACCUAGCUCUCCGGGCUGGCCUUCCUGCUGGUGUUUUCAACGUUAUCACGACCUGCAACACCAACACACCUGUAGUAAGUAAACGAUUAUGCAAGCAUAAUCUGGUCCGAAAAGUGACCUUUACUGGAAGCACAACAGUUGGCAGUAUUGUAGCAAAGCAUUGCAGUAAGGGUCCUAAGAAGCUCACGAUAGAACUCGGCGGUAACUGCCCCUUCAUUGUGUUUAAUAACGGAGAUUUAGAUCAAACUAUAUCAGCACUUAUGAUUCUAAAGUGUAGUAUCCACAAUGCUUUCGUUUCAAAGGUAGUAGCAGCCACCAAAGACAAUAUCAAGGUCGGCCACGGCGUUAAGAAGGGCACGACUAUAGGCCCCUUGACCACGCAGCGAGGCAUUGAUAAGCUCAAGAAGCAUAUCGAAGAUGCUCCCCCUAACUCGUCCAAGGGUUACUUCUUUGAGCCUAUAGUUAUUUCUAGCAUAACUCCUAAUAUGUUAACUACCGUCGAGGAAAUCUUCAGUCCUCUCUUAGGGAAUUCUUCGUGUGCCGAAUCUCCUUUCGGCGGGAUUAAAAUGUCAGGCUAUGGCAAGGUGGCUGGCAAGGAUGUUGCUAUUAAGGAACACCUUAUCACCAAGACCGGAACGUUAACUAUGGAUAGUAUACCUAUGGUCUAA